AGGAUGAGUAGGAGUAGUAGACAGUAGUCUUCUCAUUAUCCCCACUUAUCAUCACACUUCCUUUCGACCUCAUUUCCUCCUCAUCCUACUUGUCUUUUCUUUUUGCUAAAUACUCAAAGGUUGCAUGGUUUCCAUACCUUCUUGAUUCUUUUUUAUUUUCUCAGUGGGUAUUGAUUCUUUACAUAAUAUUGUCCUAUAAGAUCAAAUUUUCAAAAAGUUUGGAUCUUUUUUGUGGGUUUGUGUUUGCGACAUCAAUGAUUUGAGGGUUUUUGGGAGAUGGGAAAGAAGAAGAUGCCAAUGAAAACAAAAGAACUAUCGUUAGCCAUGGCAGAAUCAUCAUCAGUAAUUGGAGAGGUACAAGUGGAACAACAACAGGGACAACUUAUUACCCCAAGAAAGAGAGGCAGGCCUAGGAAAAUAGUGGAUAAAAGUGAAGAAGAUGAUGAAGAAAGUUUGCAAGAAGAGAUGGAGUUAAAGAAAGCAAAGUCAAAUGAAGAGUUGGUCAAAAAAGAAGAUAAAGAACCAUCGUCUCCUACUACUACUACUAUUGCUGCUAACAAGGAUCAACCCAGAAGAAGCAGAAGAAAAAGCAAGCCAAGAAAAAGUUGCUAGAACUUUGUAAAAUUCAAAAUAAUGAAAAAAAAGACUUCCCUUCAAUUAUUUUGUCAAAAGGAAGCUUGGGAAUUGUAAUUUAAUUCUAAUGUUUGAUUUAUGUUGACGAAGAUUUCUGGUUUUUUCUUUAA